AACAACGAAACGAAAAUAAUAAUAAUAAAUAGUACUUGUUGCUUACAAAAAAAAUAUUAUUAUUAAAAAAAACACAAAGUACGAAAAUAUGCAAAAGUGACAUCAAAAGAUAAAAAACUGUGAAAAUGCAUAAAAUGAAAAAUAUUCAUAAAAUGAUUUUAAGUAAAAAUUUAUCUGAUAGCAAUGGAUAAAAAAUUAUGAAUAUUCAACAAUAAAACAGAAACAGUAGUGAUGAAACAAAAAUAAAUAUUGUGGUUUCAACAGACACGCAAAAACACUAAAAUAAAACAAUAAAUUAAAAAUAAAAACGAAAAAAGACGAUAAACAAUAAUUUAUAAUAAUAAACACAAAAAAAGCUGCAAUUGUGAUAAUAAUAUUAAAAAAAUAAUAUUAAGACAAUUUUUUUUCUAAAUAUCUUAAAAUAAAAAAAAAAUAAAAAUAUGGCAAUUCCAUUUUGUCUACCCGAUCAACCAUCAAAUAAUGAUGCAGCCGGAAGUACUGGUGCAUCGCAAGCCACAAGCGGUGCUUCUUCGGCAAUGCAAUCCCCAUUGCUGAGUCCCGUCACCGAUGCCCAAUUCAUGCAAGCCUUUUGCGAGGCACUCUACCGCUGCACUCAAAAUGGUUUACCCGAAACACCAUUGAUGUCGCCGAUGAUGAGUCCCAAUCCCGAUACCGGAUGCGGAUAUCAUGCCGUCAACCCGACGAACGGCAAUCGUUUCUACUUUCCCCAAAUCCCACGUUCACCAAUGUCCCCGAAUAGUACGAACAGCAGCGUGCCCGUCACUCCUGUCACAACGAGAAAUCAUCCGCGACGCGUUAAUGCGCAAAGUCAGCAGAGGGUGUAUGUGCCAAGACGGGUCCGUUUGUCAUCUCUCGGCGAAGACGACAUGUACGAAGAUGUGAUCCACUACUGUGCCAGUGCCAGCGACUCCGAAGAGGAGGAAAUUGCAAGUCCGAUUGAACAAGUGGACCGCGAGGAUCUCAUGUUGCAUUUGCGCCACAUGGAGGCCCGCGAGCAAUUGCAAAUGUUCCCUGGACGUGUACCCCCACCAAAAGUUCGAAGAAAACGCGAUCAAUCGUCGACGUCGUCGUCGUCAUCGAGCUCGACCACCGCUGCCGAAGAACGUCGUAACAAUAGAAAUAUAAGUAAUAAUAUAAGGAUCUCAAUGAAAGACGCCAAACCAGAACAGAAGUCAAAAGACUCUUUCAAAUGGCCAACUGUGGUAACUGUCGUUGUGAUUGCUGUCGGAUGUGGCAUUUUAGUUUCGCGCUAAAUUUCUACUGAAAAUAUUCGGGCUUAGAAUAUUUUUCAAGUAGACAUUGUGUAAAUAUCGUGCCAAUAUCUUCAGACUACGAACAAAACAAAAAAACUACUUCUCGAUGCAUUUGUGAGUCAACUCACACUGCCAUAUAUUUCAAUCCUAUUCAACACUUGAAAUUCUCAGACGCAUAAACGAAUGAAAUUACAAAUUCUGAUAAAAAUUGCACAAGCAGCGAAUUCAGCACCCCAGUUAGCAUUAAAAAUUAAAUAAAUUAGUGUGAAUUUUUCUUUUUUUUAUAUACUUUAGACACAUUUUUAGACAAAAAAAAAUUAAUUAAGUGUUCAUAGAUAGAAACAGAAAUACAAUCCCAUCAAAUUUGUCAUGAUCUUUACAUUUAACGGAUAAGUAAGAAUAUACUUAUAUAUGAAAUACCAUAAAUUUAUAUUAAAUAUAAUAUGAUUGUGUAAAAAAAAUAUAAGUAUAAUGAUAGUUAGUAAAUAUACAUUUUUGUAAAUAAAAAAAAUAAAUUUAAAUGCACAUAAAAACACAGAAAAAAAUAAGGCAUUUUUAUAAAUAUUGAUAGGUCAUAAGCAAUCAUAACAUAAGGAAAAUGAUGAUGAAGACAUACACGAUGAUGAUGAUGAUAAGAAAACUUGGUCGGAACCGAGGAAUAUAUUAAAAGAUUAUGAAAAACAAGUAGUAAGUAAGAAUAAAACCCAAAGCAAAUGUGAUUUUUUAUAUAAAAUAAUAAUUGGAAAAAAGAGGCGUUAUAUAAAUUUAUUAUUAUUAUAUUAUUAAAGAUUAUUAUCGAGAAACAAUUUAGAUGAUAAAUAUAUAUUUU